AUAACCUCGCGCCGCAUAUGCCCACUCCUUCGCCUGGUUACUGCAAACUGGCGAUUGAGAGACACCGUAUACGGCUUAGGUGCUUGAGGGUGCUUGAAGGUGCUUGAGGGUUUCAGGUACCAAUUCGUUCGGAACUCGACUUCGAACGAAGCUUGACCUUAUUUAUUGGGGGUGCAAUAAGAAUAUGCCUACAUUCGUGAACGGCGAGAAUAUUCCUAUAUACCCUCCCAACGCCAACAUCGUUCAUAUCGGAAGCCACCCACACGACCCAAACUUUCAGAAGUUGGCUAACCCCAAGGAUACUCUUCUUCUUACGCCCUCGUCUACCGCAAUUGACACGAAUGAAAGCUUCGACGAUAACCUCUCUUCGCGUUCUUCCAACAGUUCCGACCCGAGUGUGGGAAUGAAUGCGGAUGAGCCAUACCAGAUGACUUCUUUGCCUAACGGCACGUCGAGUAGAGACUCGAAUAAUACAGCCACCACAGGUCUAGAUCAGAAGUAUUCUUCCAACAUGAAAGGCCCUUUGUCUGGAAGAACCUCCACGGACCGGCAAGCCACCGUCAAUGUUGAAAGCCAACGUAAGAGCAUUUCUGAAUCCCUAAUCAAGAGAUCCUCUGUCGACUCGUCAUCCCGUAAUCCUGCACCACAGCACCCUAUUGAGCCAUCACGAAUGUCAUGGAACAAUAGCGACUCGCCAAACAUAGAUGGGCUCAAUGGCAACCAUGUAGCCCCUGUCUCGGAUAGUUCUGCUGCCAAUUUUCCUUCCGAACCUUUCCUGUCAUCAUCCUAUCCUAACUCGGACCCGGCCCAACGCAAGUCCCCUUCACCCCAAAACUUUUCUUCGUCGCAUUACCCUUCGACUAGUGCGAACGCUUCAGCCUCAACAUCAGCACUUCAACCACCCACACCUGGACUAAAACAUAGACAUACAUUAGAAGUGCCUAAAGUCCAGCCUAGUCGAGGCUCGAGAGACAGCACCGACACCGCUUACACGAGUGGUAGGUUCUCACCCACCGGCGGAGCUGGUCCAUCACAGCGUCGAGGGUCUCUGAAUCUAGGAAGAAAAAAUACACGCUCCCUGCACUCCGAUUUGCCUCGUGAAGAGAUAGCACCUGACGACGACGCUUUGCGGUGGGCAGAAGCAUACCGGCAGAAACGAGCGAAGAAGAAAAAGCGGGAAGACGACGAUGACGAUAGAGUCCUAGUGGGAACAAAGGUGGAUGAGAAUCACGCCAACUGGACGACCGCUUACAACAUGUUGACGGGUAUCCGGGUAUCUGUCUCCCGUACGAACGCCAAACUCGAUCGUCCCUUGACCGAUGCCGACUUCGAAACUAAGCAGAAAUCGACGUUUGACAUCGCGGGCAACGAGUUGGUCCCCUCGGCAAAAUAUGACUUCAAGUUCAAGGAUUAUGCGCCCUGGGUCUUUCGACAUCUUCGUGCACUCUUUAGGCUAGAUCCUGCCGAUUACCUCAUGUCGCUCACGGGGAAGUAUAUCCUAUCCGAGCUUGGCUCUCCGGGAAAAAGUGGCAGUUUCUUUUAUUUCUCCAGAGAUUAUAAGUAUAUCAUCAAGACUAUUCACCAUGCAGAGCAUAAGUUUCUCCGAAAGAUACUGAAGCAAUACUACGAUCACGUCACGGAAAACCCGAACACGCUACUCUCCCAAUUCUACGGCUUGCACCGAGUCAAGAUGCCCUACGGCAAAAAGAUUCACUUUGUCGUCAUGAACAAUCUUUUCCCUCCGCAUCGAGAUAUCCAUACCACCUUCGACCUCAAAGGCUCAACGGUGGGACGAGACUAUCGAGAGGAGGAGCUAGAGAAGAACCCGCGUGCGACACUGAAAGACUUGAAUUGGCUGCGACGGAAAAGACAUCUCGAACUGGGAGUACAGAAGAAGCAGCUAUUCUUGGAACAGCUUCAACGUGAUGUUCGUCUCAUGCAGAAGUUGAAGAUCAUGGAUUACUCUCUUCUAAUUGGCGUUCAUGACCUGCGAAAGGGGAAUGAGGAAAACCUUCGAGACAAGACUCUACAAGUAUUCAACCCAGGGGGAGAUAGCCCGACGGACGAGGAUUUAAAUCCUAGCUCUGUUCUUAUGAGGACGCCGUCUAAACUUGAGAAUGCGCGAAAGGCAAGGGAACUGAGGCAAAUGAUCAAGGCUGAACGGCCUGUGCCCGUGGGUCAGACUAGUAGUAAAAUGCCAGAUGAACUAGCCCAAGGUCAUACCCGGGGCGGACUAUUCUACAGCGACGACGGUGGUCUUCGAGCUACUCACGAGGACAAUGGUCCCGGGGAGGAGGUCUAUUAUCUUGGGGUGAUCGAUUGCUUGACACACUACGGAGUAAUCAAGAAAAUAGAGCAUUUUUGGAAGGGCCUGUCCAGUGAUCGCAACGAGAUAUCAGCUCUCCCACCCGAGGAAUAUGGAGAGAGGUUCAUCAAAUUCAUGUCUGGUAUCACAAUGUCUCGGGAAGAAGCGGAAAGGGAUGCCCUUGAUCGCGAAGCCGCUGCGGCUGAGUUGGAACGCGCCGAACAAGAUAACCUCGAAGCUUCCGGGGACGGUAGUGCCCCCCCUGCACCAUCGUACCUACCUCCAGCUCCACCAGGUAUGAGAAGCCCAAACUCGCCGGAGCCCAAUCCGACUUUGGAGAAGGCGCUCAAAAAGGCUACCAAAAAUGAAAAGGACGUUGCUAAGGAGGAGCAACUCCCAGAUCGCAAAAUAACCACAGCUAUGUCUCCGGGUAUGAGAACCAGCUCGCACGCUGUUCUACCAGUUGUUGAAGAGACAGCCGAAGCAAACUCGGUUGGCGAACGAAGCCGACAUGAUAGUGCUAGUGAAUCUAGGCCGUACACACCAUCGCCAACUGAGAGGCAGGAUGGAUUCACCAACUUGGGUCCUCACGGUAUAGGAGGUAGGGGCCCACCAACACCGCCCAAGACCAGCUACGAGGAGGGGAGGAAAGGAAGUGGCAGCAGCGGUAGUGGCAAGUUUUCCUUUUUCAAGGACACAGCCGGCCGCAACAGCAUGGACAAGGUGCUGCCACAAGUUCCAAGAUGAAUAUACCCAUGAUGUCGAGAAACAAGUAUCGACAGUCACGUCGGCGUUUUUGGGCUUGAAAUGAUGGGAUCAAACCACAUUUGAUAAUCACUUUGAGUAUUUCGACGGUCCGAAGGGUGUAAUAGGGGGAAGAGGGCGAAAGAGCUUUUAAUGACAAUAUACCACCGGAGGAGAAUGGGUCGAGGGGAACGGCUACACAGGCUAACUCUACUGGAGCAGCUGAUGUCAGUCAACCACACCGAUUAAAGGGGGCUAGCCAAACAUUCGAGAAAAGAGGGAAAACCUCAUCUAAUCAAGUCGAGUCAUAUUCCAGUGAGCAGCCAAUUCUUUCGGAGAAUUUCUACCUACCUA